CCGAGUCGCUGCCCCUGGAGCCUCUGCCCCCGCCCUUGCCCCCACCCCCGGGUUCAAACACAGCGCAACCUGGCAACCGCAGCCCAUAGCCAGCCCCGCACCCUCCCGGGGAGGGACUCCCCCGCCGCCCUCGGGCGUCUGCCCAUUGGUGGGCUGACGCGGAGAUCUAGGGCUGGGAGGCUCCUUAGCGGAGAGGAAGGUGGAGAAGACGGGCCAGAUUUGGGACACUUCUGGAGAAAAGGAUCCGUGAAAUUAUGUGAAUACAAACUAUAUGUCAAAACAAUGGGAGAAAGAGCAAGAAGCACAGAUUUCAAUCAAGACGGAUACUCAGAACAAGAACGAUAUAGUGAUACCUUUUGUUCAGAUGAUUUUGAAAAUUCGUUUGAUUCUACCCUGUCAUCACCCCAGAAGGCCUAUCAAACUCCAUCAGUAAGGAAGAAAGGUACUAAGAUACACAGUUCAGAUAGUCAAGUACAUCACCAAGCCCCUAGAAGAAUAAGCUCUAAGUUUCCACUAAACAGAAGAGGAUUCCGAGUGGGAUAUCGCAGCGUCAGUAGGGAGCCUUCUCAGAAAGAUAUUGAUCUUCUCACCAAACGGGUUCUUUCUGCCAGACUGCUGAAAAUCAAUGAGCUGCAAAAUGAAGUGACUGAACUCCAGGUCAAAUUAGAUGAGCUGCUAAAAGAAAACAAGGCUUUGAAAAGACUUCAGUACAGACAGGAGAAAGCCCUGAAUAAGUUUGAAGAUACAGAAAAUGAAAUCUCACAACUUAUAGUCAGACAUAACAAUGAGAUUAAGGCACUAAAAGAGCGCUUAAGAAAAUCUCAAGAGAAAGAACGGGCAACUGAUAAAAAGGUGAAAGACACAGAGUGUGAACUUUAUAAGACAAAAUGUUCUUUAAAGAAACUGAAAAAGCUCACUGAAGCUAAGCACCUACCUGAACGAGAAGAUCUAGCUAAGAAACUAGUCUUAGCAGAAAACAAAUUAGAUGAUACCGAGAAAAAAAUCAAGGAGCUGUCAAAAAAUCUUGAACUGAAUACUAGUAGUUACCAGCGACAGUUACAUGCUGAAAAGAAAAGGGCACAUGAUGCUCAGGAUGAAAAUAAAAUUCUCCAAAGGGAGCUACAACGAUUAUACCAAAAACUGAGGGAAAAAGAAAGAGAACUAGAUGAAAAAAAUAUAUAUUCUAAUCGAUUACUGAAGAGAAUGCCUAAGAAAGACAGAGAUGCUUCUCCAAGAAAAAAUGCAUCUGUGAGCCAAAGUGUUAAAGGAAUCUUUAGUACAAAAGGAGUGCAAACCAGUGAGUAUUGCAAAGAAGAAGACCUUUCAUCACUAGCUUUUGUUUCUCAAGACUCAUCCAGACCAGAAAAGGAACUUCUUACUCUGGAACAGGAAGACCCAAAGGAUGAAGAAGAAGCUGAGACUCCAAGUACAGAAAGAGAAGAGAAACUUAAAAAUGAUGAAGAACCAUGUGUUAUAAAACAAAAAGCUGAGAUUCUUCAAGAUGAUUGGGCAGAAGAGCACCUUAAGGAAAGUCAAACAGAAAGUGUGGUUUUGAUAGAGAAAGAAGAAAAACCUACAGUGGAAACAGCAGUUUUCCAGAUUGAAAGUGAAAAUAUUCGGAAGUCAGAAGAAGAAGAAGAAGAAGAAGAAGAAGAAGUAGAAAGACUUAAGAAAGAGAUGUUACUUGCUAAACUGAAUGAAAUUGACAGAGAAAUACAAACCUCUCUGAACUUAAGAAAUUCACGCUCAAAAUUAAACUCUCCAGAAAAAAAAUCCCAAAGUUUCAGCUUCUCAGAAUCCACUGAGAGAUUAUUUAAUGGGUUUCUCAAUGAAGACAGCUAUAUAUCCAUAAAUAAUGACGACCAGAAGAAAAGAAAUAUUUGGAGCCCAACCUCUGCCCCUGAUUUCACAUUUGGUAGUUACGUGCCUUCUUUUGGGAAAACAUCAGGGAGGCCAAAUCUGUUUAAUCAAAAAAGUGGCAUUGCAGAUUUGCCAAAAAACAACAGUAAAGAUAGUGGAGAUUUAAGUACAAAAAAGGAGAAAAAAGCUAAUCUCAUGGAGCAAUUAUUUGGUGCCAACGCCAACAGCACUGUUUCCAAUAAAAACAGUGCCUCAAGUUCUCUGACUAAUAGCAGAGGAGACUUUGACCCUCUAAAUGUACUCCCUAAGGAUAAAGGCAGCAGAGGCAAAGGAGAAAAUGAAGAUGAUGACUUUUUCCUCAGUGAAGAGAGAAGUUUUAACCCAAAUAGGCACCGGCUAAAACAUACAAACAAUCGACCAGCAGUAAAGGCAGUUGAUUCUUUGGAAGAUGAAAUUGAAGAAGUAGUACUGAGAUGACUAUACAUAUUUUUCCAAUUGUAAAUAUUAAAACGCCUAAAUAUAGUAUUUAUUAUAAAGAAUUUAGACAUUUUCUAGAUAUUCAGAAAUGCCUUCUUUAGAAAUAGUCUUUAGUAGUCACAUAACAUUGGAAAUAGUUAACCAAAGCAAAAGUAACUUACACAACAUAUCUAUGUGAUAUUUUAAUUUGUCAAGAGAGUGAAGAUUGUUUGGAAUGAAAUAGGCUUAAAGUUUUCUUCCUCGAUUUUUUUUCUUACUGAUAUUGUCUCUUAAACCAGCUGAGGUUUUAUGCCUUUGGAGACUUUGUCCAUCUAUCCAAGUUCCACUUUGUUAACCUUCUACCAUCUUAGGUAUAUAAGUCAAUAUAGUCAAUUUUCAUUUAUGAAGGAGAGGAAUCUAUAGUGAAAGGAGUCCUUCUACUGACCAAACUAGGUGGUAUGGCUCCUGAACAAUACUUUGUCAGGAUUCCCGCUUGGGGUAGAGACAGGCAAAGCUGCUUCAGUAAGUAGGGGCAAUGUCAGGAUGCCCCACUGUCCAGCAGCCUGAUCUCUCAGGCAGACCUGAGCUGUCUUUUCCCCAUCUGAUACUAACAGAGCAGCAAAAUGAAUACUUUGUGCAAUCUACCUUACUGUUUACCUCCAUCAGUGCAUAUAUAUAAUCAGAAGUUAAUGAAUGACUUUCUGAAGAACAUCCACUGAUGCUCCUCCAUAGAGCUAUAUGAAAAGAGAGUUGAACAAAACUUUUUUUUCCUAGAAGAAUCUUUGUAAGCCCUCUAACCAUGUUCACUAAUAGCAACUUUAAAUUAGGAAAGGGCUGGAUCAAUACGUCCACUAUCUUUGGUUUUCUCUAUGAGGGUCACUCACUUGUAAACUACAGAUCAGGUCUAAUGUAUGGACUGGAAUUGGGAGAAAAAAUACAGGGAGAGAAAGUGUGUAGGCCCCAGCCACAUGAGCCUUGUAAUGGCAGAGCUUCAUCCUGAUUAGGAAAUCUAAGUUUACUUAGGGAAGAGUACUUUGGACCCUCACCGUGUAUAUGCCUCCAAGAUUAUGGAUUGGUAAAUACCAGUGAUAUUAAACACAUUGCGGUCAAGAGUUUUGAACUCAUUCUUUAGGGAAAUUAUUUUAUAGCAUAAGAUUCUAAUCUUAAUUAUUCCUAAAUCCACACAGGUCAGACUUUCCUUUGGUUUUGAGUGUGACUUUAGAAUAACAUUAUCAAAUAUUUUUAAAGCUGUUUCAAAAUCUUAGUGAUGGAGAAAUAUUUUUAUAUAACACAGCUGUAGUCAGCUUUUUGUGAGGUGCCAUUGUCUUUGAUUUAAGAAGUACUAAUAGUACUGGAAUUCCAGAAAUUGGUGAUAUCACCUAUUGAUGAUAUCGAUUAGGACCUAUUUCAUAAGUUUAUGAAAGAGUUAUACUGCAAAGAAGGUUUAUAACAAUUUAAAACUAUUGGAUUCUUACUGUUUCCAUUUCCCCCCUUAAUACAAGAAGAGUAUUAACUUUAUUAGAUUUUUUUUUUUAAGUGAGGCAAUUGGGGUUAAGUGACUUGCCCAGGGUCACACAGCUAGUAAGUGUUAAGUGUCUGAGGCCGGAUUUGAACUCAGGUACUCCUAACUCCAGGGCCGGUGCUCUAUCCACUGAGCCACCUAGCUGCCCCAACUUUAUUAGAUUUAAUGCAGGAAAUAGCCACAAUAAAUUGACCUAAAGACUCUCGCCAUUCAUUUCCUCAUGCAGAUCUGAUUGCUAUGGCUUAUCUUAACACAGCUCAUGAAGACUUCAGCAACCAUACUGAUCGUAAAUCCCUGGCAGAUGCAGACAGAGGUGAAGUCAGAAGAUAUUUCACUAUGUAAACAACUUAUUGCUGCCACAACCCCAGAGACUUGUAUGUAGCACAAUCCCUUAAUUUCUCCCCACUAGUAUACUCUUUAACCAGGUGUGAGAUUUUAUACCUAGUCUUUUUAUUAGAACUACUCCAGGCCAACUCUGAGGACAAUACCUCCUGCAAAAGUACUAUCAUUACACCAAGAAAGAGUGCCAACAGAAAUGUCUCCUCAGUGACAGAGAUGCACACUUUAGUUUUGGCAGGCACAGUGAUGUUUCCAGUUUAACCUAGUGUCUUCUUUAUAUUUGUCAGUUUUAUCUGUACAAUGUAAUUUUUGAUGCAUUAUUGGCUUAAACUGAAUAGCCAAAUAAAAUAUAUUGAACACCAGAAUAUGUAAAUGAUAGGUGAGGAUUUAAAUGCAGUUCAGAAAAAAAAAGUUACAUGUGUAUGUUACUAUGCCUACAGGCAUAUAUAUUUCUUGAUUCAUUCAGUGAAAAAUAUUGUCAGCUCAGAGUUAUGUUUCCAUAGUAAUGUAGUUUUGAAAUUUUAACAUGUGCUGUUAGAGAUCCGAACCUACACUCAAAUAGACACUUAAGGGGACAGCAUCAUUAUAAUGACUUGUACCUCUGAAUUAAUAAGCAGCAGCUAUACCUACUCUUUAAAAAAGACAGUGGCUCUGCUUUGGGAAGUUGAUUUGGGCAAGAGAUAUCUUUUUCAGAUUCUAGUGUUCUCCCCUUGACUGCUGUAAUUGGCCAUCAGCUAUAUAGCAGGAGUGUCUUGUGUAUACAAUGAGUGUAUUCAUGUUUUCUAGACUGAACUGAAAAGAAACUCAAGUCUAGGAUGAGGAAUGAGGAAAAAUGGUAAGGCAAGGAAUGAGUAAAGACUCAAGAAUGGCACGUUAUGACAAAUGAUUUAUUCUUCCAUCAAUAUUAUUGAUGAAUUUGGCUAUACAAGUUGGAUUUCUAAUAACAUGAAUGCUAAGAGGCCUUGAAUUGUAAUAUUUGACUUGGAACCUGUAUGAUACUUCUUCACUUAGUUUGACAAGACUUAACUAAUUAAGUCUGUAAUAUAUAUUCCCCCUAUCAUCUUAUAAAAUGUGAUCCUCAGAUAUUAAAAAUGGGCAACGUAGCACUGACCUACAUUAAAUAAUACUCACUUUAUUAAUAGACAUUGAUGUCUGACAGAUAAACAUUUAAUAUAUUACAAAUCAUUUUUAACAUUUGUAAAACAAACAUUAUUGUAAUACAGUUCUGGUAUAUAAUGAUUCUAAUUAUAUUUAUUAUGUAAUGUUAAUUUUAUGCAUAGCUGCUAAUUUUUCUGCUCAAAUGUUCUAAUUAUAAUAUUGUUUUGUUUUUAAGAUGUUUUUUAAGAUGAGUAAAGUUUUUAUACUUAGAUCAUUAUUGUGUAAGAAUAGUUUUCUAAUGUUUCCUUACUAUAACAGUUUGCAAAGACAGUAGAAUUAUUUAAAUUAACAUUAAAAUUUAAUUUUUGAUUUUAAAAGGGAAAAUACUAAGCAGUUAAGAAUCAGAUAGGAAAAUCUAAAGAACAGACCAUCUCUUAGGAGCAGACCUAUUUAGAAUGGGAAAGUCAGUACCUUCUCCAAGUAUCAGUGUUUUCUUUCAUGCUCUGAACUCCUAUUACUAAAGUUAAAAGAAUAUUCUGUUCCCUUAUUUAAAUAGCAUCUUGAAAUUACACAAAAAACAUAACUGUGGAACCAGAACCCAUAGGGUUAAAUUUUCUUAUAAUUUUCCACUUUUCUUUCUUUCUUUUUGCUUGAGAGAAUUUUGUAAUUCAAAUAGAAGGAUUUGCCCAGAGACAAGUUAGACCAUAUGCUAGUCUUAUCAGAUAAUUGCACUUUUAAUUAAUCCUUUCACCCUAAAGAGCUAUCUUAAUAGCACAUAUUGCUUUUAAUAGCAAGGAAUGGAUGACUAAAGUGAUUCAUGAAAUAAAAACAAACAUUUCAUGCUUUUUUACCUAUGCCCCUGACAUUUCUGAUUACCCCACCUUUUCUUAUUCCUCUUUAUCAUCUACAUUUUUUCCAAGGUUCUAGUGCCUGACUUGGUAGCACUUUGUGUUCCACAGAGGUGAGAAAACCUUAGGUUACUUAUGGGAAGAUGGACUCUUAGAAUCUGAAGAAUAACUUGUGUGGAGCAAGAACCUAUCGGUCCAUCCUACCACAACUAUCCCCUUAGAAAGUAGUAGUAGGGAGUUUCUGAGACCCCAUUUUGUAGUCACAAAGCCCCUUACUUUACUCAGGUACUUUUUCAAGGAGUUUAAUUAUCUGAUUUUUUAGGCCAACAGCAGAUUGGGAAGUGAAAACUCUAAGGAGGUUGGAGGGACAGGAAGACAACAGGAUUGACAGACACCAAACCAUAACUGCACAAUACAACAAUGAUUGUUCAUAACAGUGUUUAUCAAGAAAGGGUUAAAUUUCACCAUGUUUGACAUCCUUUAUUGAAGCAGUCCAAGUGUCCAAUGGAAAGAGCACUGGUCUUGGAAUCCUCAGAUAAAUGCUGACUGACUGUGAUGCAGGGGAAUUCAAUCAACAAGCCUUUAUUACAAACUUAGCUCCAUCUAAGUGCUGUGCUAGGCCCUGAAGAGAAAGUCAUGGGAUCCUCUUUAGAUUUAGGGCUAAAGUUUAUCUCUUCUUUGUGCUCCAUCUGUAAAUAAUGGAGCUGAGUGAUACCUACCUCAUAGGGUUGUAAUAAAAAAUUUAAAACCCUG